AAGCGGCGGGGUCUUCCGUUCCGGCAUAAUAGUAGUGCGAGGUGCGAGUUGGCAUCCGCGAGUUAGUCACUUAUCGAUAUUGAUUCUUUUCUAUUUUCAUCAAAAAAAAAAAAAAACAGCAACAACAAAAACGUAGAAGAAUAUUUCGAAGCUGCCGAUUCAUCCGAACACCUGUGAAAGUUCGUUUAAUCCGGGAAUAUAGUGAAAAAUUGCGAAAGUUGAGGUUCGUCUCUGGCUGAAUCCGCGAUAAAUAGCGUACAAACGGAAGCAGAAUGGAUGAAGAAUAUGACGCGAUAGUGUUGGGCACAGGGCUCAAGGAGUGCAUCCUAUCUGGUAUGCUAUCAGUCAGCGGGAAAAAAGUCUUACAUGUCGAUCGCAACAAGUACUACGGCGGUGAAUCCGCCUCGAUUACCCCCCUCGAGGAAUUUUUCGGAAAAUUUAAUUUACCACCACCGGAUGCGAUGUACGGCCGAGGCAGGGAUUGGAACGUCGAUUUGAUACCAAAAUUCUUGAUGGCAAAUGGACUGUUGGUCAAGCUUCUGAUUCACACUGGUGUAACUCGUUAUCUCGAGUUCAAAUCCAUCGAGGGAUCUUACGUCUAUAAGUCGGGAAAAAUUGCAAAAGUCCCGAUAGAUCAACGAGAGGCAUUAGGCAGCGACCUCAUGGGUAUGUUCGAGAAAAGACGUUUCCGUAAUUUUCUCAUCUGGGUUCAAAAUGUCCAGGAGGACGAUCCAAAAACGUGGGAUGGUUUUGAUCCAGUCAACAAUAGCAUGAGUGCACUUUACAACAAGUUUAGCCUCGAUCCCAAUACUCAAGAUUUCACCGGGCAUGCUCUCGCUCUCCACAGAAACGACGACUAUAUCUCACAGAGCGCAAUAAAAACUGUCCGGCGUAUAAAACUAUACAGCGACAGUUUAGCUCGAUAUGGAAAAUCACCGUACCUCUAUCCCAUGUACGGACUCGGUGAACUCCCUCAGGGUUUUGCGAGGCUCAGUGCCAUCUACGGUGGAACCUAUAUGUUGGACAAACCGAUCGAUGAAAUCGUAAUGGAAAACGGAAAGGUCGUGGGUGUUCGUUCGGGAGAGGAAGUAGCCAAGUGCAAACAAGUCUUCUGUGAUCCUACCUACGUGCCCGAUCGCGUCAAGAAAGUUGGCCAGGUAAUACGAUGCAUUUGUCUCCUGAAUCAUCCGAUUGCUGGAACCGAAGACGCAUUGUCGACGCAAAUAAUCAUUCCUCAGAAGCAGGUAAAUCGUAAAUCUGACAUCUACGUAUCCAUGGUAUCUCACACGCAUCAAGUAGCAGCGAGGGGUUGGUUCAUUGCCAUGGUAUCGACGACCGUUGAGACGAACAAUCCGGAGGCCGAAAUAAAGCCGGGUCUUGAUUUGCUUGCUCCGAUAUCCCAAAAGUUCGUUUGCGUUUCGGAUUACAUGGAGCCAACGGACGAUGGUCUCGAGAGCCAGUUAUUCAUAUCCGCGAGUUACGACGCGACAACGCAUUUCGAGACUACGUGUCUCGAUGUGCUCGAUAUAUUCAAGCGUGCCACAGGCGAGGAAUUCGAUUUCAACAAAGUCAAGCAAGAACUUGGUGACGAAGAUCAGUAACCGAUGCGAAAUUUCAUAAUUUCGCCCAAAAAGAUGCGACGAUGCGCAAUCGAGAUGUUUCGCCUUUUCGAUUACUCGCGUUCGUAUUUACGAUGAUAAUUCAUAAUAAUGUGAACAAUGAAAUUAAAAAAAUAAAAACAAAAUACUUACACACACUCGCGCGCGAGUGCACACUUACACUCAAACACACACGGAACACGAACAUACAUCACUUACGAAGAUGAUUGAAUAAAGAUAAAAAGAAGGAUGAACAAAAGUUCAAAAGAGUGCAGAAUUUCAUAUCCAUGUUAUUCCUUCUUGGGCGCUGCAUGACAGUGGCGGAAAUCGAUUGUAAAAUUUAAAAAAAAAAAAAAAGAAACAUAACUAACACUGUAAGUGGAAAAUAAAGAUUCUCGAAGCUUUCGAGGUUGGAAAGCGAAUUAUGAAUAGUGAGAAGAUUCUACGAAAAAAACCACCGAAUUUAAUCGUUCGCGUCAGGAAGACAAAGCAUGAUAUUCAGAGAAGAGAGAAGAAAAAACGAAAAAUAAUUUGUGUGUGUGUUGUGUACUGUAAAUACAAGCUCCGUCUGGUUUUGCGAAUCGCAUUUUUUCUUUUUAAGUUUUGUCUGAUAAAAGUAGCGGUUUAGAAGAUCAAUCUUCUAAUCGCGAAUAUGUCAAUGGGAAAAAUGAACAAAUUGAAAAGAGUCAAAACGAUAAAGUUUAUCGUUCUGUAUAGGAUCAACAUUUAUAAGAGAAUACAGUACUAUCGUGAAAUUUUCUCCAACUUGCAUAUGUAUGAAGGACGUAUACACCUUGAAGGAGUAAGAAAAAUCAUCAUUUUCUUUGCAAAAAUUCUCAAAACACAUUUCGAGAAGUAUUUCAAAUUUUUUUUUCGUGCAAGACGAGUGGACCUGACCAACGCAUGGCCUCGUGAAUGUACUGCCAUUUUUUAAAUAAGGAAAAUUUAAUUUUCAAUAAGAAAAGACAUUUUACAAAAUAUAUGUUUUUAAUUAGAAGAAUUCGUUCCAUUACUCGAGUGGUUGGAGGAAGAAACUUUGUUUAAUGACUGAUUUUUCAAACCUUCCAGAUUUAAAUGUCCCUGUAACAAUUUUCCAAUAUUUUUUUCUCUUCUCGAGCAUCGAAUGCGACGAAAUUUUGCACUGAAUACGUUCCCAUUUAAAAUCCGCGGAUAAGUCUUUCUCACUAUAAAAAUACAGAGAUAAAGAUAAUUCAUAUGGCGUCGAGAAUAAAUAAACAAGAUUGCAUUCAUUACUCUCGAAAGAACGUGAUCAAAUUACAAAUGUGAAUGAACAACGAAAAAAGGUUGAGUUGAGAAUGGGAGCGUUUGCGUCUUUUUGGCAAAGGUCUGACAGGGAUGUUACAAAUGUAUCAUAUUCUUAAUUGCCCAAAUGUUAUGCAGACUAAUCGAGAUGUCUAAUAGGUGUAAUAAGAGAGAAAUACAAACGAUGAAAUGGGGAACUAAAUCCUUAAAAAUUCUUGAUUUAACUUUUUUUUUUACCACAUCGAUACGGGCCGAUCUGAUUCCUAUCACGGUCUCUUUUCCGUGGUCAAGAAUGGAUAACAACCCAUUAGUGCAAAAGAGACGAAUACGACUCCAAAAAGAUAAAAAGUGUUUAUUAAAUGAAAUGAGAAAGUAGCGAGAAAAUGAAAUAUGGAUUGAAAAAAAUGACGUGUGUAAGAAAAGUGCUUCUUGAUAGAUAAAUUUUCAAGACCGAAUGUGUCAGCAUGCCUCCAUUUUAGCGAUAUGAAAUACUUUAGAAUUAUUGAUUACGGAUUAUAGCUAUUUUCAUUGAAAGCUAAAUGUGCGAAAAUUACAGUACCAUUUUAUUUUUCAUUUUUGAAAAAGUCACGGCUCAGUGGCAAUUUCAAAAUGUGUAAACUGUGGAGUACUGCUGUGUAUACCCUAAUGUAACGCGGGCGUCUGUUGAAUUUAAUUGCAAUAUAAUUAUAUUCAUAUUGAUAUGAGCUCUACGCCUCAAUUCGUUUGUCUCGGUUUUUACGUGCGAUACUCCAUAACGCCAUCGGCCUGAGAUAUUUCCCCAUUAAAAUUGAGGUGUAAUCUUCGAAAUUAUCCUUUGAAGUGUUAAUUUAAAACAAAAUAAAAAGAAAGAAGUCUGUUACAAAAAUUUGAAUCCAACGAGGAUACCGUUGAGUAGUAUAAUUGAAACAUGUUUUGCGCCAGCUUACAGUCACAAAUAAAUAUUCCUUUGCUCGGCGUGGAGCAAAUCGUGAUAAUAAGUAUCGUCUUUAGUCCUAAGCGCGUAAUCUUUGCAGUUACAAGACAAAACAAAAGACAAAGCUGAACAAAGAUUUUUUAAAAAAUCAGUUAAACAAAACAGUAUCGAAGCUUGCACGCCGCUUUAAAAGAUAUCAUUAGAGGCACACACGAGUCCGUAUACCGAACGAACGGAUGAAUAAACAUAAAAUUUGAGAAAUUUAUAAUAAGGAGGAUGCUAAGAACCGAAAGUACGCAGAGCAAAACCAACAUGAAAUUCGAAACAUUUUCAGAAUCGUACACUUACUAUUUACUGUAAUACGAAAACCGUAUGGAAUAAAUUGCAUUGUGCUACGAUAGGAAAA